AUGGCUCCCGAAUCGCCUGUUCGACAAUCGCGACGCGCCGCAGCACGGAAGAAGGUUGUCGUCGACGAGGAUGAUGGGUCAGACAUCGAGAACACUGUUGUCAAACAGGAGGAGGAGGAUGAAGAGGAAGAAUUCACACCUGCACCCAAGAGCACGCGAUCGCCCCGACGCAAGACGGCUGGAGAUGCUGCGCCGCGACGCAGAACAGUAGCCAGCCGCCGCGCGACAAAAGGAGGCGAUGCCACAGAAGCCUCCAUCGAGCCAUCCCAAGUAUUCAGCCCACCUCCUGAAGACGAGACGGAGUCGUCCUCCCCGACGAAGAAAGAGCCUCCAAAGCGACGCAGUGUGAAGGAUGCGCGGGCGGCGCGUUUGAGUCGGGCGUCGCGCCUCUCUGUGGCUCCAGAUGCGGAGAUGCAGCCACCCUUACCAACACCGCAAGCAACCGCUACGCCCGAGCUGAGAUCAUCCAGGCAAGGCACACCCCUCACGGAUAUUACCGAAUCAGCGAUCAACGAGCAAACGCCCAGAUCAAACGCUCGAACCCCGACCCCCGCGGAUGCCCUGCCAGACGUUUCCGAGGAUGCAGAAACAACACCGAAGAUUGUACAACGCAGUACUACACCACCUGCGGAAGACGACACAGCUCUCGAGAUGACGGAGGUGGAGCAGACGCCUUCUGCGACCAGAAUGGAGAUCAAGAAGGUGGAUCCAAACGUGACGAAGCUGGAGAGACCGAUGGACAUUGUUGUCCGCAAGAGAGCCAUUGGAGUUCCACAAUCACAAGAGCCUGUCGAGCCCAAAGCGCGGAUGACCAUAACAUAUUUGAUCAUGACCAACUUCAAGUCAUACGCUGGAAGACAGCAAGUGGGUCCAUUCCACGCAUCCUUCUCAUCAGUUGUAGGACCCAACGGAUCCGGAAAGAGCAAUGUUAUCGAUUCGCUGCUCUUCGUGUUCGGAUUCAGAGCGAGCAAGAUGCGCCAGGGCAAGAUCUCAGCUUUGAUUCACAACAGCGCCCAGUAUCCUGAUUUGGACUACUGUGAGGUGGAAGUGCAUUUUCAGAUGGUUAUGGACGAGUCCGGUGGAGGUUCGACACCGGUGCCUGAUUCUCAGCUGGUGAUUUCACGACGAGCUUUCAAAAACAACAGCAGCAAAUACUACAUUGAUGGAAAGACCUCUGACUUCACCACAGUCACGACUCUUCUGAAAGAUCGCGGUGUCGAUUUGGACCACAAGCGAUUCCUCAUCCUUCAAGGUGAGGUCGAGUCAAUCGCACAGAUGAAGCCAAAGGCCGCGAACGAGCACGACGACGGCUUGUUGGAGUAUCUCGAAGACAUCAUUGGCACAUCGAAGUACAAGACGCCCAUUGAUGAGGCGGCAACAGAGACCGAGGCUCUCAAUGAAGUCUGUGCGGAGAAGAGCAAUCGUGUGCAGCACGUCGAGAAGGAGAAGAACGGCCUGGAAGACAAAAAAGACAAGGCGCUGGCAUUCCUUCGCGAUGAAAAUGAUUUAGUCUCGAAGCAGUCCGCGUUGUAUCAAAUCUACGUUGCAGAGUGUGGUGACAACAUUCAGGUCUCUGAAGAGGCUAUCAACCAGAUCAAAGGGCAGCUAGACGAGGAGCUUAGCAUACACAAAGGGAAGGAGGACGAGAUCAAGGCAUUGGAGAAGCAGUACAAAUCCGAGUCGAAGGGAUAUCAGAAAAUGGACGUAGACACCAAGGCUCUUGGAAAGAAGGCCGAUGAUCUUGACAAAGCGGCAGUCAAGGUCGAAGAAAAGAAGAAACACCUCAAGAACAAGGAGAAGAAGCUCGAGAAGACUCGAGAUUCUUCCAAGUUUGAGAUUUCGCAAUCAGAGACUGCUGCUAAGCAAGCUGCAGACGACAUCGAGCGUCUCUCCGGCCAGAUCGAGGAUCUGGAAGCACAGCGAUCCGCCGAGGACAAGGAGCUGGCCAAGAUUCGCGAUUCUCUGAAAGGCAAAACGCAGGGCAUUAGCGACGAGAUCGCGGCGAGACAGAAGCAGCUUGAGCCUUGGAAUGCCAAGAUCAACGAGAAGCAAUCUUCCAUCGCUGUGGCGCAGAGUGAGCUUGACAUGCUGCGAGAGCGCGAAAACGCUGGGGCGAAUGCCGUCGCAGACGUCGAGGCGAAGAUCGCUAAUUUGCAAGAGCAAAGAGAAGCAAAAGCAUGCGAGAUUGAGGAGUGUAAGAAGCAGCGUAAGGUGGCUGAAAAUGAAUCUUUCUCGGCGCAGAAGGAGCUUGACGAAGUCUCGAAGAGAGAGCCUGCGCUUAAGUCUAAGCUUUCAAAUGCGAGACAGAAGGCAGAUGAAGCGCGCGCGAGUCUGUCUGCGACACAGAGCCAGGGCAAUGUUCUCGCAGGUCUAACGCGUUUGAAGGAGUCUGGCCGUGUUGAUGGCUUUCAUGGACGUCUGGGUAACCUUGGUGCUAUCGACACCAAAUACGACACUGCGAUAUCAACAGCAUGCCCAUCGCUGGAUAACAUGGUGGUAGACACGGUCGAGGCUGCUCAGAAAUGCAUCGACUACCUCCGCAAGAACAAUCUCGGCCGCGCCAACUUCAUCUGUCUGGACAAACUGCCACUGCGUGAUCUUUCGCCGAUCCAGACGCCAGAAAACUGCCCGCGGCUUUUCGACCUCGUCAAGAGCAAGCAUGAGCGCUUCCGACCGGCCUUCUACAGUGUGUUACAGAACACGCUCGUUGCCAAGGACUCCCAACAAGCUGACCGGGUCGCCUACGGCGCCAAGCGAUGGCGUGUUGUGAGUAUUGAGGGCAAACUCAUCGACAAGUCUGGUGUUAUGAGCGGUGGUGGUAACCGAGUAGCCAAGGGCGCUAUGUCAUCCAAAGUCGCGGCCGACACCACCAAGGAGCAGGUCACAAAACUUGAAGUUGAUCGCGAUGGCUUGGAGCAAGAGUACUCGAGGCUUCAACAAGAGCAGCGAGAUCUUGAAGCACAAGUCAGAGAACUCCAGAGCCAGGUACCAAAGCUUGAAACGCAGGCACAAAAACUUGGAUUGGAGCUUGGUAGCAUCGAUCGCAACAUCGAGGACUCGCACAAGCGCAUUGAAGAGCUGUCGGCUGAACAGCAGAACUCCAAGUCCGAUAAGAGCAAGACAUCAAGCCUGGAAAAGAGCAUCGCUUCAAUGCACAAGGAAGUCGAAAAGCUGCAGUCAGAGACUGAAGGCAUUGAGGCGGAUAUCAAAGAGCUCCAAGACAAGAUCAUGGAGAUUGGUGGUGUGAAGCUGCGCAGCCAGAAGGCGAAGGUCGAUGGCCUUAAAGAGCAAAUUGAUCUGCUAACGGAGCAGCUUUACUCAGCCGAGGUCAACCAGACGAAGGCAGAAAAGCAGCGAGUGAAGCAUGAAAAAGCCCUCAGUGACGCUGAGGUGGAACUUGUCAAGAUCGCGAAGGACCUUGAGAAGGUUGAGGAGGAUGCCCAUUCGCAAAGUUCCGGCACGUCGGACCUCAGAAGACAAGCUGAUGAAGCGAAAAUUGCUCUCGAAGAGAAGGCGGAAAAGUUGGCUGAGCUGAAGAAGCAACUCGACGAUCAGGUCGCAGAGCUCAACAACUCUCGUGGUGCUGAGGUGGACAUGCGCCAGAAGUUGGAGGACAACCAGAAGCACCUUGCCGAAAACGAGAAGCGCCUCCGAUAUUGGCAAGAGAAGCUGGGCAAGCUUACUCUUCAGAAUGUAAGUGAGGAGGGCGAAGAGAAAGAGCCGGAGCCCGUGCCUGAGCUGUCUCGUGAUGAACUUGAAGAUCUGGACAAGGACGAGCUCAAGGCUCAGAUUGCAUCUCUCGAGGAGCGCACAUCUCAACACGUCGAACUGUCAGUUCUGGCUGAAUACCGUCGCCGGGUUAACGAAUACAGCUCCCGCCUCGAAGACCUCAACACCGCCCUCGCAGCCCGCGACUCUGCCAAGAAACGCACCGACGACCUACGACGCAUGCGGCUUGAAGGCUUCAUGGAGGGUUUCUCCGCCAUCUCUCUCCGCCUCAAGGAGAUGUACCAGAUGAUCACCAUGGGAGGCAACGCGGAACUUGAACUGGUCGACUCGCUCGACCCAUUUUCCGAAGGAAUCCUCUUCUCUGUCAUGCCACCCAAGAAAUCUUGGAAAAACAUUGGUAACCUUUCCGGAGGAGAAAAGACUUUGUCUUCCUUGGCUCUGGUGUUUGCUUUGCAUCAUUAUAAGCCGACACCGCUUUACGUGAUGGACGAGAUCGACGCCGCGUUGGAUUUCCGGAAUGUGAGCAUUGUGGCUGCUUAUAUCAAGGAGCGGACGAAGAAUGCGCAGUUUAUCGUCAUUUCGUUGAGAAAUAAUAUGUUUGAGCUGGCGGCGAGAUUGGUCGGUGUAUACAAGGUUAAUCACAUGGUAAGUCGAUCACUUUUUGUGUAAGGUGUUUGGGUAGCUUUCGACUGACUUUGUGUUACAGACAAAGAGUGUGACGGUGGAGAAUAGGGACUACAUUGUCCCGCGUGUACAGAAUGGGCAAGCUGUCUGA